AUGUCUCAGACCAGCGCACCGCUCAUCGCGCUCGUCCUUCGCUCGAUCUUCACGCGCGAGCCUAUCAAAGGCGCAUCGGACCUGGCGAAUAAUGGACCCAUCCCCGCACGCCUCCAGCGUCCUGAAAUCUCCUCGAGGCCUGUCGAAUCUCCAGUCGCGGCAUGGGGCGGUUUCGACACCAUUGGUCCCGGCCCUGACACUAGGGCUGAAUCAAGCCUGGAGCCGACUGGUAGCCUCGCCGCGCAGCUGCCCUUGUGUGGGAUUGGAUAUGCGUGUCCCCAAGUUCCUCGUAUCGUGCCCAGCCUAGAUGUUUUCGCUGCCGAACUGCUGCCAAUCGGGCUUGGCCCCCGAAGCCGUGGCGUGGCGCUGCUUGGGAGCGUCUCCACGAAGGAGGUUCAUCCCUUUCGCUUGCCUCCCUUGCGGCGUCCGUAUUGCCCAGGCACGGCGGGUACGACUUUGUCCACUAGCAUUGCCGCGUGGGAAGAAGGAAGAGAAAGGAAGAACAAAAAUAAACCAAACAAAGAGGCUUAA